AGUGAGAAGAAGGAAGCGCUGCAGCUGUGCUAACAGAUAAGCUAACGGAUUAGCAUAAACGCUGAAUAUAUCGGGAUCCGCUCAUCAAACGAAACGCCUCGACAGCAACUCCGAGACUCUGAAGAAACUAUGGGAAAAGGUGGAGGCACUUUUGAGAGGCUUCUCGAUAAAGCCACCAGUCAGCUGCUUCUGGAGACUGACUGGGAAUCUAUUCUUCAAAUCUGUGAUCUCAUCCGACAAGGAGACGCACAAGCCAAACAUGCUAUUGGAGCCAUUAAGAGGAAGCUGAAUGACAAAAACCCCCAUGUGGCUCUUUAUGCACUUGAGGUCCUGGAAUCAGUGGUGAAGAACUGCGGGCAGACGGUGCAUGAUGAGGUUGCAAGUAAACAAACGAUGGAGGAAUUGAAGGAACUACUUAAGAAGCAGACCGAGCCAAAUGUCAGAAACAAGAUCUUGUACCUGAUUCAGGCCUGGGCUCACGCCUUCCGCAAUGAACCUAAAUACAAGGUGGUCCAAGACACGUAUCAGAUCAUGAAGGUGGAAGGUCAUGUAUUCCCCGAGUUUAAGGAGAGUGAUGCCAUGUUUGCAGCAGAGAGAGCCCCAGAUUGGGUUGAUGCAGAGGAUUGCCACAGGUGCAGAGUUCAGUUUGGAGUUAUGACAAGAAAGCACCAUUGUCGAGCUUGCGGACAAAUCUUCUGUGGGAAGUGCUCAUCUAAAUACUCGACCAUUCCCAAGUUUGGCAUUGAGAAGGAAGUGCGUGUGUGUGAGCCCUGCUUUGAGCAGCUAAACAACCACCCCUCCCUCUCUCCUCAACUUAGGAAAACUGAGGGGAAAGUUGCUCCUCCAGGCUCCACUGAACUGCCACCCGAGUACCUGACCAGCCCGCUGUCCCAGCAGUCACAGAUGCCCCCUAAGAGAGAUGAGACAGCUUUGCAGGAGGAGGAGGAGCUGCAGCUGGCCAUCGCUCUGUCCCAAAGUGAGGCAGAGGAGAAGGAGCGAAUGAGACAUAAGAACUCUUACUCAGUGUAUCCCAAAGCUGAUCCCACCCCAGUGACUUCUUCAGCACCACCUGUCAGCACCCUUUACACUGCCCCUGUGAACUCCUCUGCUCCAUCUGCUGAAGACGUUGACCCUGAGCUGGCCCGCUACCUGAACAGAACGUAUUGGGAGAAGAAGCAAGAAGAGGCUCGAAAGAGUCCCACCCCCUCAGCUCCAGCCCCCGUCUCAUUGGCUGAACCUCUCCCAUCAAUCAGCCAACCGGUCGAAAGUCAUGUCCCAGUUCAACCUGUCAGCAUAGUGGAGCAGCAGUACCAGAACGGUGAGUCCGAGGAGAACCACGAGCAGUUCCUCAAGGCUUUGCAGAAUGCUGUCACCACCUUUCUCAACCGCAUGAAGAGCAAUCACAUGCGUGGGCGCAGCAUCACCAACGACAGCGCGGUGCUCUCGCUUUUCCAGUCCAUCAACAACAUGCAUCCACAGCUGCUGGAAAUCCUCAACCAGCUGGACGAAAAGCGAUUGUACUACGAGGGUCUUCAGGACAAGUUGGCUCAGGUGCGUGAUGCUCGAGCUGCCCUCAAUGCGCUUCGAGACGAGCACAGAGAGAAGCUGCGCAGAGCUGCAGAGGAGGCAGAGAGACAGAGGCAGAUCCAGCUGGCACAAAAACUGGAGAUCAUGAGGCAGAAGAAGCAGGAGUACCUGGAGAUGCAAAGGCAGCUGGCCAUUCAGCGCCUGCAGGAGCAGGAGAAGGAGAGGCAGAUGCGUUUGGAGCAGCAGAAGCACACCAUCCAAAUGAGAGCGCAGAUGCCUGCUUUCCCUUUGCCCUACGCGCAGAUGCAGUCUUUGCCUCCCAAUGUUGCUGGAGGGGUGGUAUACCAGCCUGGUGCUCCACCCAGCUACCCAGGAACUUUCAGUCCUGCUGGUUCUGUGGAGGGUUCUCCUAUGCACAACAUGUACAUGAAUCAGCCUGGGCAGACUGCACCAGGGCCGUACCAGGCCAUGCCCAGCGCUGCCACAGAUCCCAACAUGGUUAAUACAUACAUGUAUCAGGCUGCAGGUGCCAAUGGACAACCUCCUCCAGGACAGGCCCCACCCACUACUAGUCCCCCCUACUCCAACUAUCAGCCCACACCCACACAGGCGUACCAGAAUGUGGCUUCUCAGGCUCAAAGUUUGCCCCCUAUGUCACAGGCUGCUCCCACCAAUGGUAUGGCCUACAUGAGUUACCAACCUUACACCAUGCAGAACAUGAUUUCAGCGUUGCCAGGACAGGAUCCCAAUAUGCCCCCCCAACAGCCCUACAUGCCAGGCCAGCCGCCCAUGUACCAGCAGGCUGCUCCCCCUGGUGGUCCUCAGCAGCAGCAGCAGCCGCAGCAGCCUCAACAGCAGCCGCCUCACAUUGUGCAACACAGCAACACGGAGGCACAGCUCAUCUCCUUCGACUGAAAGGCCUCAGGCUGCAGUUUUACACACUACACCUUCUCUCCACCUCCAACUUUCCUGGAACCUAAGGAUGCCCUUUGGAAACACACACAAAACUCCCACCUUCCACCUCGCUGUGAUGUUGUGGCCAAGUGAAAUAUUGUGAUGAUGUUGCAGAGCUGUAGCUCUCCUUGCCUCUCUCCUCUGAAGUACGGGAAUGAGGGAAAUAAAGCUGCUGUGGAGAGCCCCAUAACCCAAACCUCUGUCCCUCCUCUUCCAUCUUUCAGCCGACGCGUAUGUAGUAUUUCUUUAUUAAACGAAUAAUUGAAGUGCAGAAAAAGUCCGUGGUAAGAAAAUAUACAAUUUAGGAGAUAAAAAAAGACAAAACACCAACAUCAUUUGUGUCAUAUUUUUCUAAAGUUGAAUUAGCCUGGUGAAUACAGGUUAUUUUGUGGAAUGGAAAUGAACUGUUGCGACUCGUUCUGACAGUCUGAUUGCUGUGUGCGCUGUGUAAGAGGUUGGGUUUUUAAAAACUAGUGAAAGUGGAAUUGGAGAACUCAAAGUGCUCUGACUCAAAUGUCCAUCAAGCUCACAGCUCAUUCCAGGUGGUUUUCCAGUCGUCCCGCUCACGGACUUGGGUCUUCUUGUUUUGACAUUUAUUUGUUGUGUGCUGCUUGGACUGAGUGUCUUAAUGUAGUUUUUCAGAUGAUAAAUCACAUUACAGAGGUUGUACACUAUAGGUGAAGUGUUCAAAAAAUUAUGGGAUAGCUUUCUAAUUCUUAUAGAAUAUAAUUUCAUGCAUUAAAAUAUUGAAAUUCACAACUAGCUACUAUAAAUAAAAAUACUAAAAUCAGUCUGGUAAUCCUGACAGCAACAUGCAUCUUUAAAGUGAAUUGUGUUGCCAAAUAGCAUCCAACGUAAGGCUGAAGCAAGCCUUUAAAAGUCUGUAAUAACCUUUAAUUGCCUUCAGGGGCCAAAACUUGCAUUCGUUUGGCUGUAAUUGUCACAUUUAACAAAACUACAUAGAAAGUACACAUAAAACUCUUUCUCAAGUGUACUUGACUCUUUAGAAAUGUGGAAAUGCUGUCAGAGUGAAAACGAUGCCCUGCAUGUAUGUAUCACACUUUUACUGAUUCUGUAACUUCUUUAUUCCAUCUUGCUGAACUGUCUGACUUUAAAGUAAUUUUAAAAUUAUAUUUAAUAA